AUGUCCUUGGUAGACUUGGGAAAGAAGCUUCUAGAAGCUGCUCGGGCUGGGCAAGAUGAUGAAGUUCGUAUUUUAAUGGCAAAUGGAGCGCCUUUUACCACAGACUGGCUUGGAACAUCUCCACUCCAUCUUGCAGCUCAGUAUGGACAUUAUUCCACGACAGAAGUAUUACUUAGGGCAGGGGUCAGCAGAGAUGCACGGACGAAGGUUGACAGAACUCCUUUGCAUAUGGCAGCAUCAGAAGGACAUGCAAACAUAGUAGAGGUAUUAAUCAAGCACGGUGCUGACAUCAAUGCCAAAGACAUGCUGAAGAUGACGGCUCUUCACUGGGCAACAGAACACAACCAUCAGGAAGUUGUAGAGCUUUUGAUAAAAUAUGGAGCAGAUGUUCAUAGUCAGAGCAAAUUCUGUAAAACCGCAUUUGAUAUCUCUGUGGACAAUGGAAAUGAUGAUAUCGCAGAAAUACUACAGAUUGCAAUGCAAAACCAAAUUAACACAAAUCCUGAAAGCCCAGACACUGUAACGAUACACACUGCUACACCACAGUUUUUCAUUGGACCCGGAGGUGUGGUAAAUUUAACAGAUGAGAGUGGGAUAGCCUCUACAGUACAGUUUGGCAAUUCAUCAACAUCUGUGCUGGCUACAUUGGCAGCUUUAGCAGAAGCAUCUGCUCCAUUAUCUAAUUCUUCAGAAACUCCAGUGGUGGCUACAGAAGAAGUGGUAACUGCUGAGUCUGUGGAUGGUGCUAUUCAGCAGGUUGUUAGCGCUGGUGGACAGCAAGUCAUCACGAUAGUGACAGAUGGUAUCCACCUUGGCAAUCUUCAGGCUGCCAUUCCAUCCACUGGCCUAUCACAACCAAUUAUUGUCACAAUGCCAGAUGGCCAACAGGUGUUGACUGUACCAGCAACUGACAUUGCAGAAGAAACUGUGAUUAGUGAAGAGCCGCCUCCUAAAAGACAGUGCAUUGAAAUAAUUGAGAAUCGUAUGGACUCUGCAGAGAUAGAGACACCAGAUCUGAUUACAAAUAAACGUUUUUACAGAAGAAAUUGUCAGAUUCCAGAAACUUCUGGUUCAGAAAUCUAUAUUGUGAAUACUCAAGAGUUCUCUCAGGAAAGAGAAUCUCUUCAGAAGCAACUUGAUGAGGCCAACCGAGAAGCCCAGAAAUAUCGCCAGCAGCUUCUUAAAAAAGAACAAGAGGCAGAGGCAUACAGACAAAAAUUGGAAGCUAUGACCAGGCUGCAGACUAAUAAAGAAGUGGCUUAA